GAAACAGUAUCAUGUCAUAUAUAAAUAGCUUGAAACUAGGGUUUUUUCACCUCCUAUUUUUUCUACAUUCACUUCUCCUAAGCUCCUUCUCCCCCGCCCCCUCGUUUAACAGCGGCGGCGCCGGCAGCAGCAGAGAUGUCGUUUAUGGAAGAUUCGAUCCAACCGGCGGUCAUUUCCGAGAAUUACGUGGCUGAUGUUAAACUCUUCGGUAAAUGGAGCUUCGAAGAUGUUCAGGUUCAAGACAUUGCCUUGGCCGAUUACAUAGGUGUUUCUCCGGUCAAGCAUGCUACCUUUGUUCCUCACACUGCCGGUAGAUACCAAAUGAAGCGAUUUAGGAAGGCACAAUGCCCUAUCAUCGAGAGGCUUACCAACUCCCUCAUGAUGCAUGGACGCAACAACGGUAAAAAGUUGAUGGCUGUUCGCAUUGUGAAGCAUGCCAUGGAAAUUAUUAACCUUUUGACCGAUCAAAACCCAAUUCAAAUUAUUGUUGAUGCAAUAAUCAAUAGUGGACCACGAGAAGAUGCUACUAGGAUUGGAUCAGCUGGUGUUGUUAGGCGUCAGGCUGUUGAUAUCUCUCCAUUGAGGCGAGUGAACCAGGCUAUAUAUCUUUUGACUACCGGGGCUCGUGAGAGUGCUUUCAGAAAUAUCAAGACUAUUGCCGAGUGCCUUGCAGAUGAACUCAUCAAUGCUGCCAAGGGGUCAUCAAACAGUUAUGCGAUUAAGAAGAAGGAUGAAAUUGAGAGAGUUGCCAAAGCCAACCGUUGAGUUUGGGAUUUGAGUUUCUACAAAGAUUUUGUUUUGUUCUGCAAUUUCAGAAACAGUAUCUUCAAGAGUAAUAUGUAUGCUGGCUUUGUCUAAGCUUUUUACAUAUUUUCUAUCUGUAAUGCUGGAUAAUAGAUUUAUUGAUGCUUGGUGUGAAUGAGAAUCUUGCAUAUUAAUGUCA